AUGAGGCUGAGGACGGCUGCCGUGUCGCUGUCAGUCAUGUUCCUACUCGUCUACAUCACCCUAUACCUACGCAUCCACGCCAUGUUUUCCCAUGUUCGCGAUGAAGAUUUCAGCCUCCCACCGAGAGCACGUCCCAAUUCCUUCGGACAAGGUGGCGUGCUGCCGCCGGUCGAGUCUCCCGUGCAAGAUGGCGGCGACGCGGCUCCGAUCGCGCUGCACGAUCUGAGCAACGUCUCGUCCUGGAAGGCCCUGCGCGAUCCCGGUUACCGCUCCCUGAGGGAAGCGACGCACCGGCGCGACCUCGAAACGCUCCGACGAAUCACCGCCGCCUCGGAGCUGCGCGAGUUCGCUGAGGGCCUACUCAACGACACGGCGCGCCUCGUGGAGGUCGCGGGGUCGCCGUGGGCGGUCGCGGCGGGGUGGGUGCAGAGCCGCGCCGUGCUGCCUGCGCGCGCGCCGCAGCUGGGGGCGCUGCUGUUUGCGAUGGCGACCGAGAAGGUGACGCGAGCAGACGUCGGCUACCAGGGAACACAGCUGAAGGCAACGCUACUGCUGGAGGGCGGACAGCGCGUCUCGUUCAGACCGCAAAAGUAUGCACGUGAUAAGGUCAUCAAGGGAACGCCGUAUGCUGGAUAUGACCGACAUAAUGGAGAAAUCGCUGCUUUUCACUUGGGCAGGAUAUUGGGUUUGAGAAGAAUACCUGUUGCUGUAGGCAGACGCAUCAAUCUAACGUCGGAACUAAUGCCUGUGGCAGAGUUGCGACUACUGGAGACAUUCCUAGUGAAAGGUGACAACGUCUGCUUUUACGGGAAGUGCGGCCCCUGUCGACCGGAGACGGCUGCGUGCGGCGUUGGGUCCGUGAUGGAGGGAGCAGUCACACUGUGGCUGCCCAAGAACUGGCCGCUCAAGAAACGUCUCUGGCAUCCCUGGAAGCGCACGUACAACGUCAACAAAACUGCACGAUGGCAAACCGACCAGGACUACUGUAAUAUUGUGCGCAGCAGCCCACUAUACAAGUCUGGCCCGAUGCUGCUGGACCUCAUCGAUGCGUCAGUUCUGGACUAUCUCAUAGGCAAUGCCGACAGACACAUGUGUGAGAUGUUUGCUGGAUGGGAGGACAGCAUGGUAGUGCUGCUGGAUAAUGGCAAGAGUUUCGGGGAUCCUGACAAAGAUGAAGUGACAAUCCUGGCUCCGUUAUACCAGUGCUGCAUCAUGCGGCGGUCGACCUGGCAGCAGCUGAGCUGGUUAACAGGCGGCAUGCUCGGCUCGUUGCUGCGAAUGCUGCUGGGGUACGACGCCAUCACGCCCGUGCUCACAGACGCCCACUACCGCGCCGUCGAUCGCAGGCUCAAAGCCAUCCUCACCAUCGUCGACACGUGCAUACGGACGCACGGACGCGCCAGCGUUCUCGUUACAGAUGCAGCACAGUGACGCGCCAGUGACAAACAGGUGACAGUAGAUGACGUGACAAUCAUGAUGACAUGAUUGUCUUCGUAGGCUCAAGAAUGUGUUUGUGAAAAUGAUGCAUGCGUGCAACUCAGUAUAACGAAAGAUUAUUUAUUAUGCGCAUGAUCACUUUUAGGAAAUCGAAUAACACUCGUUACAAAAAAUAUUAUUUCCGUGUUCAUAACUUGCGUUUAAACGCAGACGUUUUACUGCAAGCUAGGGCACGUAUUUUUGUGGCAACCGUGACGUAAAUGUUUAUCUAGAAUCAUUAGGAAAGUAUAUAUUAUAUACACAAAUACUCGUUAAUCUGAGAUUACCAUCAGACUAUGUUUUAGUUAUAUAUUUGUUAUAUAUUAUAUACGCAAGUUGUUAGCAAGUACUGCAGUGUUUUAAUCAGACCUACUUGUAAAGUUUGGUUUGUUCUAUAUGUUUAUUCUUGUUGAAUCUCAAAAGAAGUGUUACAAGUGUGCAAUAAUAUCAUGUUAAAAUCAUGAGUAAUAUAUUUUAAGCGGUUUAUAUUUUAAUAUGACAAUGUCUUCCUAUAUAUUUAUGAGACUACUGUACGGGAAUCACAGAGGUAAGUGUUCAUACCUAUAGCCAAUAUGAAAUCAAGAAUCUCCUACAAUACAAGAUAUUUUACAAUUCUCAAUUCGUGUACCUAUUUUAUUGAUGUGUGAAAUGGUUUAAAAAAUUAGAAUAUAUAAAUAUAUAUAUAAAAACAUAUCAUUGACCUUGUGAUUUCCCUGUUGUAAUGGCCCCGUUGUAGCCUCAAUAAACAUCGUGCAUUUAACAUCAAAAA